AUGGCCUUCUUCUUCAACCGCGGUCGAUCCCGUCAGCCUUCUGAUCUUGUCCGGACAAUUAAAGACUCUCUGGCGCGGGUUCGGGAGGACCCCUCGACUGCCAAGGAUGCGGAAAAGCCACUCUCUCAGAUGAAACUGAUCGUCCAAGGCACUCAAGAUGUCGAAGUAUCCCCUGAACAGGUUCAAAAUUUAGUUCACGCAGCUCUUCAGGAGGAUCUGCUUUAUGACCUAGCUCGAUGCCUUCAUCUCCUGCCCUUUGAAGCUCGAAAGGACACCCAGGCCAUCUUCUCGCAUAUGCUUCGUUUCAGGCCUGCCAGUUCGAGCACAAAUCAAAAUGACCCUCCGGUCAUCUCUUAUAUAGUCCAUAACCGACCUGAGGUUAUCAUUGAGUUGUGCAAGGGUUAUGAGCACAGCGAAAGUGCUAUGCCAUGCGGCAUUAUCCUGCGAGAGGCGUUGAAGUUUGACGUCAUCGCGGCUAUCAUCUUGUAUGAUCAAUCAGGUGAAGGAGAGCUAGCGAUCAAACUCACAGAAGUUCAGCCCGGCGUCCCCCAAGACGGGACUGGAAUCUUUUGGCGUUUUUUCUACUGGAUAGACCGCGGCAGUUUCGAACUGAGUGCCGAUUCCUUCACAACCUUCCGGGACAUAUUGACCCGCCACAAAACUCUAGUAACAGGCUACUUGUCGACUAACUUUGAUCGAUUCUUUGCGAAAUUCAACGAGGUACUUGUGAACUCCAGCUCAUAUGUGACCAAGCGGCAGAGCAUCAAGCUUCUGGGCGAGAUCUUGCUCGAUCGGGCCAACUACAAUGUCAUGAUGGCCUAUGUGGAGAGUGGAGACAAUCUGAAGCUCUGUAUGAAGCUACUGCGAGACGAUCGCAAGAUGGUCCAGUACGAAGGAUUCCACGUGUUCAAAGUAUUUGUUGCGAACCCAAACAAAUCCAUAGCCGUACAGCGAAUUCUUAUCAACAACCGCGACCGCCUAUUGAGAUUCUUACCUCGCUUCCUGGAGGAUCGGACUGAAGAUGAUCAAUUCACAGAUGAGAAGAGUUUCUUAGUCCGCCAGAUUGAACUUCUCCCCAAUGAGCCGAUUGAACCAACACGCUCUGCCCGUGAACCGUCCAGGUCCGGCAUCAACACAGCUGCCGUGGCUUGA